GUUUUACUUACACAUGAGACAAAAUCGCAAAUUUUGUAAAAGUACUGUUAUUAUACAUGUGAUGAAAUUAAUAAUAAACUUUGUCUUGACCGUACACAGGGAACAAACCAUCCACCCUUGAGAUCCGACAUAUAAAAUCAAAGAUGUUGUGCAUACUUUACGAUUAUAUGUCUAUAUAAGCAUGGCACGGACUGAUUUAACAACUCUGCUGGCCGGUGGAACCAAGAGGGCAUGGAGGAGUUCAAUACACAGAGCAAAACUCGAUAUAUUCGGUAGCACUAAAGGUGCUCCAGGAGAAGAGGAAUGGUCAAAACCGCUAAGAGGGCGUACCCGAAACCGCUGGUACUGGCCAAGCAAGUACCUACAUGUGGACUUUAGCAUGAAACAUUAUCUGGCAAUGCAACUCAGACGGUUACAGGCAAAAGGUCAUCACCCAUCGAUUCAAAGUUUGUGGGACACUGUACAACUUUUUCAUACCAAACGGAAUGUCAUAGCUGCUUACCUGGGAAACGUAGACGAAGAUAAACGCAAGAAGUCUGGCGUACUACAAGAUGCACAAGACCUGUUGGACAUGAUAACACAAAAUAUUGAUGCAGCGGCGCAAUAUACCGAUGGAAGUGCCACAACCAACGAUGCAACAUAUGAACCUUUUGUAAAAUAUGCCCUUAGGAGAGUAGAUGGGGGAAAUCAAUACGAUGCAGAGACGAAGUUAGACAAAAGGGACUUGAAACGCAUGGUUGAGACAGACCCCAAGAUCAAGGAAGCACUGAUCAUUAGAAAUAGGUUUGCCGAUGCGUUGUACUUUAGAAGGCGUGCGUAUUAUCUAGAGAAAUUGGCAAGGAAAAAACCUGUCGGAGAGACUAUACAAAGAUAUCGCAAACACUUUACGGUACACCCAGAUCAUAAAGAUAUAUGGCCCGAUAAUAAAGGUAUAUCGCAGCAUAAUUGGCCAUCGAAGUAA